AUGGACCCUACUAGCCUGAAGGUGAAGGAGGAGAUGAAGGCGGAAGCGGAGGUGGGGGAGGUGGAGGUGAAGGAGGUGGCGAGGGCUGCUGCUACCGCGGCGGCGCCGAGGUGCCGGGUGGUGCGGAUCAUCGUGCACGACGAGGACGCCACCGACUCGUCGUCCAGCGAGGACGAGGACGACGAGGAGGAGGGCGAGGGGGAGGCGGUGAGCGUGAAGCGCAGCCGCGUCCUGCUCCAGACCGGCGGCGGAGGAGGGGAGGAGGAGGAGGACGCGGUGGAGGGGGUGCGGUUCAGGGGCGUGCGGCGGCGGCCGUGGGGCAAAUUCGCGGCGGAGAUUCGCGAUCCACAGCGCGGCCGCCGCGUCUGGCUCGGCACCUUCGACACCGCCGAGGAGGCUGCGGCCGCGUACGACGCCGCGCGCCUCCGCAUCCGCGGGCCCGGCGCCGCCUCCACCAACCCGCCGACCUCCGCCGACAGCGACCCGCUCCGUCCGCCCGCUACUGCGCUUCUUCCGCCUCCGCCCGCGGCUUCCCUGCCCCCUCGCCCCCCUCGUCCCCCUCCGCCCGCUGCGCCCCUGCCCCCUCGCCCGCCGCCGCCAGGUGAUAGGGGAAUUUGGUACGUCUUAAUCCCUUGGAUACCGUCAGGGGUUUCCCGGCCGUGA